AUGAUGAACCAGACUGGCACUGUGUCCGAGUUCCUUCUCUUGGGAUUCUCUAACUCUCGCAAGCUUCAAAUUUUAUAUGUUGUGAUAGUUAUGUUGAUGUACCUGGCAGCUUUGAUGGGGAACCUUUUCAUCAUCACAGUUGUAACCCUCCACCAUCACCUCCACAUCCCCAUGUACUUCUUCUUGAUGAAUCUGUCCAUCCUGGAUAUUGGCUCCGUCUCUGUCACCCUCCCUAAAUCCAUGGCCAAUUCCCUUUUGAACACAAGGUUAAUUUCUUACUUUGGAUGUGUCGCCCAACUUUUUUUCUUUGCCUUCUUUUUGGGAACAGGUUUUUUCAUUCUCACUGUCAUGGCAUAUGACCGUUAUGUGGCCAUCUGUAAACCACUGCACUAUGAAACAAUAAUGAGCAGGAGAGCUUGUGUCCAAACGGCAGCCAUGGCAUGGAUUGCUGGUCUUCUCCAGUCUGCUAUGCACACUGGUAGCACAUUUACAGUCACAUUUUGUAAAGGCAAUAUAGUAAACCAGUUCUUCUGUGAAAUCCCACACCUGAUCAAGCUCUCUUGUUCUGACUCGUAUCUCAGAGAAUUUGGGGUUCUCGCACUCUCUGUUCUUUUAGCCUUGAGCUGCUUUAUUUUUAUAAUGGUAUCAUAUGUUCACAUUUUCACCACAAUAUUGAGACUCCCUUCUGAGCAGGGGAGGUACAAAGCCUUCUCCACCUGCAUUCCCCAUAUCACUAUGGUCUCUUUGUAUCUUAUUAAUGGCACCUUUGCUCACAUGAAACCCCCUUCUCUCUCCCCUUCUAGUCUGGAUUUAAUCCUAGCUAUUCUUUACUCUGUAGUUCCUGCAUUGAUGAAUCCAAUAAUCUAUGGCCUAAGAAACAAAGAUAUCACAGUUGCAUUGAAAAAAAUGAUUCAGUAG